GAGAGAGAGUAAGAGUAAGAGAGAGAGAGAGAGGGGGUUAGAAAUAACUACAGCGGAUGCGAACCGGUUGUUGGUAAGUGUGUAAUGUCGAUUUGGAAGCUGUGUCGUCGUCAGUGAUUCGUCUGCAAACUUCUCGUGGAAUAUUUACAUUACAAAAGAGGCUACAUAAGCUUUACCAUGGACCAGUCUGUGUGUCUGGAUGAUGACGACGAUGAUAUCAUCUCCGAUAUCGUAAAUACUGCUCAUCUCAACAUUGACCAGGAUCCUUUGAGCUCUACAUUAGUCCACUCACCUACCACCGAUACACUGGACUCUGUGAUGCUGGAGCCUUCUCCUUCCGAAGAUGGCAGUGAGGAGCAGGAUGGAGAGGAGCUGGCAAAAAGCAAUUCAGUAAGUCCAAUCCCUGACGAUUCUUCAUUGCAAGAUCUUGAAAGUGAUGCCAUAGAAGCAGCAACAGAAACUGUAGCAGCAGCAGCAGCAGCAACAACAGCAGCAGCAGAUGAUGAUGAUGAAGUAGAGGUGACACCUGCUGUUGAUGAUGAAGAAGUGAUCCCCCCAGUGGAGCAACAAGACCAACAGGAUAUAAUGAUAACGAUAACUUCACCCACCACAUUGGAUACAGCAGCAGCAUCAAGUGAAAAUGAAGAGAAGUCACCAGGAGCAGAGAGUCCUACAGAGUUUCAUAUUCCAGACAAUGAAGACAAUGCAGAUCUUCCUGAGCAAGCAGCCAGUGAAGGGACAGCCGAAAUGGAUGAGAGCUGCUUGAACCAGCCAUCAAUCAGCAGCUACUUUGCGACACCACCAGUGACCAGCAACGACUCGGCUGAGAACUUUUUUGAUAACCUAACAAUUGAUACAAAGCCACCACCGACUUCACCAAUACCACCAGCCCUGGAUUCACUCACACUGGAACAGGCAGAGAACUGCAAUGAGGUAGUUCAUUCACAGAGCACAGACAUUUUACCGACAUCCCCUAGAAAUUUUGCACAGGUACACCAAGAACCUGAAAGCGUCACAUUUGAAGGAACCGAAUCUGUUCUUGAAGAAAACUGCAAUGCACAAGAAAAGGAAGAUUUUCUUUUAGAUGAUGAAGAAUUUGAAUCAUUCACUGCAGAAGAAAGCCAGAUUGGAUUUGAACUUGGUUUGACUAGCUCUCCGAAACAAGUACUACCAGAAAAUUAUUCACACAGCACCGAUCACACUCCCCAUGAAAGAGAACGACAUGUUUCUUCGUCUUCUAGUAAAACACCACUAUCAUCAGAGGUUGUCAGGGAGAACAGUAUGAACCAGUUCUUCUCUGAAGUAUCACCCUCACUGGCUGAAGAGCCAGACGUGCCACUAUCACCCGCAAUUAACACAUCACCCGCAGUACCAAAACUAGUUGCUACUGAAAAUGUCAUUGUUCAGGCUGCAGUCUCCAGUCAUGGUACGCCUGUCCAUCAAAACCAACACAUCUCAUCCGCUGGAGUUUCAUCAGUACCUUUCCAACAGUUCAUCGAAGAUGUCAACACGGACGACCUCUUUACGAUGGGUCUUGACAUGAGCGAUUCUGACCGACGGCAUGAUGCUUGGGUCCCUGUAGAAUCAACACAGAAGAUACUCAAUGAGAUUGCUUCAGCACAAGAAAAACCUGAAUACACUUCAGAAAUGCUCUCUACUCCAGGCAUCACAGUUGAAGAAGCACAACCUGAUCCCAUUCAAGAGAUGUUACGGAAAUUCAUGGGAGACGAUGAAGCUGAUCUCAGGCAAACAAUGUCGGCUGAUGCUGUCUCACAGGAUACUGAUGGCUUGUGUAAACUUGUGAAGAACGAAUGCUUCCGCGCUGCUGUCGAAAUGACUGGGAGGCUGUUGAUUGCUGCCAAACAAGGUCCUGAUAAUAUUGGGCAGAUCACACUGCACACACCUCACAUUUUACAGAUUUGGUUUUGUAGAAUUGCAUUGUUGUUAAAGCUACGGCUUUACACUGUUGCUCAUUCUGAACUGCAGAACUUCAAGAACCUCGACACACCCGAUCUCUACUACCAAUACUACCCUGGCAAUUAUCCUGGACGAAAGGGUUCUAUGGUCCCAUUUGGUCUUCGUCUUUUGGAUGCUCAACUUCCAUUUUAUCUUGGACACAACAAAGAUGCAGUAGACAAAUUGUAUUAUAUUCUUUCCGUUGUGCAACAGAUCAUUUCAAAUCUUGAAAGUGGUUUAUCAGAAGAUGGCUCUUCAGUGGAACUGACUCCAGAAUCUAAGAAAGCUUCCCUUGAACUAUGGUCCAAGCGACAGUGUCAAGUGAUGUAUAUCAUUGCCAACAUACUUCUGUCCAUCAAGGAUUAUGUAGCUGCCCUCGAUGUCUAUCAAGAACUACUGAAGAAAGAUGCGGAUAGUCAGAGUGCUUUGCUAACUGGCAUUGGACGUAUAUUCCUCCAGAUGGGAGAUAUUGGAACAGCAGAAAGUUAUUUCAAGAAAUCUGAAGAUCUCAAUUCUGGAAAAAAACGCAGUGCUGCAAAGACUGCUUUAAACAAAGGACUUGUUGCAUUGUGUACCAGCAACUUUCAUGAAGCAUUCCAACAUUUCAAAGCUGCCGUUGUUGAAGACCCCAGUAAUCCAGUGGCAGUGAACAACAUGGCCGUAUCGUCACUGUAUUUAGGCAAACUGAAAGAUGCUCUGGACACUUUGGAAGACCUCGUCCAAUCAGACCCAACACACAACCUUCAUGAAGGCAUAUUAUUUAACUUAUGCACUCUGUACGAGCUGGAAUCAUCACAUGCACCACAAAAGAAGCAAGCCUUACUUAGCCUUGUCAGUAAACAUAAAGGGGACAGCUUUCAUGUUGCUUGUCUUAAAAUGUCAUAGACUAAAUUUGACUUAAGGGACUUCUUAACAAAUGAACCAACAACACAAGAUGGACGUUGGAUGUUUAUAUUUUGACAAUGCUUCAUCAGUAACUUUGAAUCACUUUUUGCUUAAAUGUAUAUAUAUAUAUAUAUAUAUAUAUAUAUAUAUAUACAACACA